AUGAUAACAAUAUCGACAGUCUGUGUCUUCAUUGGAGUGGCCUCGGGCCUCCCUGACCUCCGCCAGCGGCGCGACUCUUCGCCGGAGUUCUUCGAGCUGCCCUCCAACGCCUCCCUGGUUCUGGGCGGCAUCAACACGGGCUUCGACUGCGCUGACCUCCCCUACGGCUACUACGCCGACGAGGCCAACAACUGCGCCCUGUUCCACGUGUGUCUGCCCUACAUCGACCACAACGUGUACAUCUCCCGCCACUUCUCCUUCAUGUGCGCGCCUGGUUCCAUCUUCGACCAGGAGCGCCUCGUCUGCGACUUCCCCGAGAUGUCUCUCCCCUGCUCCGAGGCGGCCAACUUCAGGAGUUCCAACGCUUACUUUGGCCGCGAAGAUGUUAACUUCCUCGAGGAGUAGCGGAUUCAAGGUCAUAUGCGCUCACCUUUGUGUUUUUAUGCAAGACAUUUCGAACUGUAAAGCAUUGUAUCGUCACAUGAAAUGGACCUGAUGGUCAUAUCUAAAAUUCACCAAGUGUUUCAUGA